AGCGCUCUGCGGGCCCGGGAUUAGCCGCCACCGGGGUUUGUCGCUGCCCCGCGGGCAGAGAAAUGAGGCGCCGGGUCUGGACGCGGGUAGGCGGGGAAGAGCCCGGGGUGGAGAGCGGAUUCAAAAUGGCGGCGGAUCCCCCUCCCCGGGGUCCCAGGGCAGAGAGGGGCGACGAGCAGCAGCUGCCGCCGCCCAGGGUCUCCUCGGGGCGGGGUAGGUCGCUUUGCGGCGGGGAAGGCGCCCCCCGAGUACUCCGCAGCCUCCGCUCACUGCUUUCCUUUCGCCACCCAGUCUCAGCGCCCCCCUCGCGCAUACUGCCCCGCAGGUCCAGCACACUGGCCCUGACCCACCGUCACCCUGGCCAGCAGCUCCCCACACGCACCCUGCCCCCCAGUUCUUAAUCCCCGCCGCAGCGCUUUGCUCCUCCCCCACCUCCUUACUCCCGGGCGGUGUUUCCCCCCCUCACAUCCUCUGCCAUCACCAGCACAUACCGUCUCUGUACUUCUGGGAGAGUGACUCCUGCCACCCCGUGGGGGCUGCACGUUUAGGGGAGUGGGCCGCUGCCCUGCCACUGUGGGAGGACACCUUUGUAACCCCGGGGGGAUGAACCCCCUCCUCCCCACCCCACACACAGACAGCCAUAUGCACCUCUGCACUUUUCCUGCCCUAUCGCCACCACAUGCACCUUUUUACUCUUUCCACUACAUCCUCUGUAUGUUAAGGGGAAGACUAGACUAUCCUUUUGUCCCAGCCUCUCAUUACCAUUAUGUACAUCCCUGUACUCCCACAUCAAUCACACACAACUCUAUAUUGCUAGGGGGUGGGUGACCUGGCACUGUCCCCACUGGGGUCCUAAGGGUUUCCUUUUCUCGCAGCCACAUGCUCUACUUGGGUAUUGUCUCAGAAAUGGUGUCUGUGCAGUCAUUUCUAAUUUAGCAAAAUCUGGUCCUAAAUUCUGUGGUAAGGUCACUGCUUCUACAGCAAACUGGAAGCUCUGCGCCAGAUUCAAGUAAAUUUAAAACAUUAUUAUUUUCAGGAUUUCAACACAUUAAUAAUACUAUUCCUUGAACUACUUCUUUUUAUAUUCAAUCCAAUAUAUUUUAUGCUAUUCUUCAAAUUUUCAGAUGUCCGUAUGCUGCAGAUUUUUAUUUUGACACAUCUGUAUUGUAGGAGCUGUCGAAGAUUAACCGCAAAAUCGAGGGACUCUUGCCGCUUUUGGCACACAGGAAAACAGAACAGUUUGGGCUUUUGGCACUCAUGUAGUAGAGUGCUAGGGAAAGGAUGUAACUUUUCUUCCCCUUUUUAGACAAGGUUAAAGUUUACUUGAAAUUGUUGGGGGUGGGGUACUUGAACUUUUAGCUUCCAAACAGACAACAGUCUUGACUUCAUUUGUCACUUGGUCCAACAGCUGUGGACCAAGCACACUUAUUGAAUUGUUCUGAUAUAGUGAUCAGCAGAGCAACAAGUGUUUACAAUUAAAUUUAUUAGCCCUGGUCUACACUACACAGUUAGGUAGACAUAAGGCAGCUUAUGUUGACCUAACUAUGUCCAUAUGCACACUACAGCCUUGCUCCCACUGAUGUAAGUGUACUACCACACUGAAUAUAACUCCCACUCCACGAGAGGCACAGGGCUUGUGUCGGUAUAGUUAUUUGUUCUUGUGAGCAAAAAUCACAUGCAACAGGUCAUGUGUAUCAUUUUCUUGUGUUGGGUACCUGUUCUUUUCCCAGUGUGUAUUACUGAAGUUCCAGUUUGACUGGGCUGAAACCAUCUCUAUAUGAUAUCACUUUGUCCUUUAGUUUCUGGACCUGAUAAUGAAUCCUCCCCUCUGUCCUUUUAUGGAAAGCUCAUGUUCUCUUCAGCAGACAUUCCCAUUUCAUUCAGUUUUGGCAGGUGAUCGUGACUCUUUUGAAGUGAAGCUAUAACACUUGCUGUAUGGAAUCUUGUUCUAUAGCAUGGGAGAAGAGGAAGGACUCCACCAAACGCAGUUACUGGACACAAUGUUUGUGCGAGGAUUGAAGAGAAAAUGUUUUGAUGGUGAAGAAGAUAUUGAAGGAACUCUGGCUGGUUUUAAGGCUAUCCCUUCAUAUAAUCUUCAGCGACAGUCACUUUUAGAUAUGUCUUUGGUCAAACUUCAAUUAUGCCACAUGCUCGUUGAACCUAAUCUUUGUCGUUCGGUACUUAUAGCCAAUACGGUGCGGCAAAUCCAAGAGGAAAUGACCCAGGAUGGGACUUGGCAGAUGAUAAAUACACAGAGUGCAGGACAGACUUCUCUAGAUCGUCUAGUUUCAACAGAUAUCCUUUGCCGUUCAUCCAAGGAACAAGCUGAAGGAAAACUUGUUCCAGUUUAUAGUACCUUCACUAAAGACUGUGAGGGUACCCAGUCACAAGAUAAUUCAGAAAUUAUGUCAACAGUUACGUCACCACAAGUUCCAAGAAACCUGCAAAGUAACAUGUGGGAAAUGGAGAACCCACAAGAAAAUAGAGGAAACUUUCAAAAAUCAUUAGAUCAAAUAUUUGAGACGUUAGAGAAUAAAAGUCCUAAUACAGUUGAAGAUCUAUUUUCAGAAGUUGACAAUUCUUACUAUGACCUAGAUACAGUAUUAACAGGAAUGAUGAGCAACACAAAAAUGGGACACUGUGAUCUCGAAACAUUUCCUUCUCAGACAUCUGCAAAUUCUAACUCUAACUGUAAAUCUGAUCUUAAUGAGCUUGAUCAUAUUGUGGAGAUCCUUGUUGAAUCUUGAAACUGUUAAAUGUGCAGAAGACAAAGAUCCUUCAAGGAAACAGAGGACUUGUGGAAACAAUUUUUAAGAUAGUUUACUCUAUCAAAACUGCACAUGUAUUUUAUAAAAAAUAUAAAGCACUUCAUAUUGCAAAACGUUAAUUUUUGAAGUUAACAUGCAAUUUGUAGUGUCACUGUUUUGUCCAUUUAACUGUAAAUACAUACUGUAAAUGGUUUUAAGUUAGGGCUCAAGGCUUUCAGAAUUAGGCUUUUUUGCAAACUUUUCUAGCCUUUGAAGGGGGUGUACGUUCAGUGAGAGGGUUUCUCUGUCUUUUGUUUUCCUUCUCCCUCCUCCUCUCCCCACCCCCCCACUAAAAGAGGCAGCAGUUAUAGAGAGAGACUGGGUUCUCCUUUACCUCCUGAUUCUGGAUCAACACUUCAUUCCUACCACCACUUAAUUCCUUCCCUAUCCACUUCCUCUGUUCUGCGUGCAGUUACCGCAGGGCUCUUGAGGAGCAAUAUGCAAUAGUUCCCAUUACCCUAGUUUUUAUGUCUGUUUUUGCUAAAAUUUUCUGUUUAAAUAUAGUUUUAAAGUGUUUAUCAAUGUUUAGAUUUUUUCCAGCUAUUUUCCUAAAGUAUAUUUUUUACUAUAAAUGUCCUGUCAGCUGCUAAUUUAGUAACUUUUAAUCAUAAAUAUUUGCAGUUGAUGUAUUUUUGAAAGACUUUCAAGAAGGGAUUUGUUUUUUUACCAUGAGCUACCUUACGUAGUUCAGUAAAGUGUGUAAAUGUAAAUAUACAUUUUAUACAUUACAUUAAAAUGUAAGCGCUGUUUUCAUGAUUCUGUUUUAUAGAGUAGUACUUUACUAAACUAAGAAUUGUACAAUUAUGCUUUUUAUACAACUUGAGCAUCAUUAGAGGAAAAGCUCUGAUACAGCUAGAUGCAAUUACAGUUCAAGUCACACUUUUGUUAAUUUCAGACCUAAAUUAUAUAGGUUUUUAUUUAUGUGUAUUUAUAUGUAAAUGUCAUCAAGUGAAUUGUUUAUCAUUGAAGUCUACCAUCAAAUAGUUGUUUAUAUGAGAACUGUCUUGCGCUAAUUACUACAAAAAGUAUUACUAGAGGCCUUUAAAUCUCUAAUGAUGUGUUCCGACGUCUUGUCUAAAUUAGUAUGUCCCACUCUUACCUAGACUUUCUUAUCAACCUAUUUUUGAUUAACAGAAGUUAAUAUAAUGUGGGUUAGUAUUUGCUUUCAUUAAGGACUUACACAUUCGUUUUAGAGUGUGUGUAAUUCAUCUCGUCCCUAAGGGCACUUUUGGGGAGGGGGGGGGGCAUGGAUCAAAUGUGAUAUACAUUUUUGCUAUAAAAUGAGCAAUAUUUACCUUGGUAAACUGGUGCUGGAAAAAAAAUCAAAGUACAUGAUAGGAAAGGGAGGGAAAAGAGAUGUUGUUGCUGGAACCUUUUGGUAUUCUCUGUAUGGGGAGAAGAGAUUGCAAAUAGUUCAGUUGUUUUCACUGGUAUAUCAAGGGACCGAGUACAACGUGGAAAAAAAUAAACAUUUUUUGCAUUUA